AUGACCACGACCAUUGAAAAGCGCACCAUCACCAUCUCCCUCGACCCCCAGGACGUACCCUUCGAGGCCUACCCCACCAAUGGCAAAGAGGCCUGGGAACGGUUGCGGAUCGGCAACGAGCGGUUCGCGCAGGGGGACCUGGUGGGCUUCCUGGGCAACCUGGCGGCGGAGAUGAACCCGGAGGCCCGCAUGAGCCUCACAGCCUCGCAGAAUCCCUACGCGGUGGUGGUGACGUGCGCGGACUCGCGGGUGGCCCCGGAGCUCAUCUUUGACGAGGGCAUGGGCUUCCUGUUCGUCAUCAGGGUGGCGGGCAAUGUGAUGGACAAAACGGCGCUGGGGAGCAUCGACUACGCCGUGGCGCACCUCAAGCCCUGUCUCCUCCUCAUCAUGGGACACCAGUCCUGUGGUGCCGUCAAAGCUGCGUUGGACUGCCACGGCUCGGAGAGCGCGCAGGACAACAUCGGGAGCAUCGUCGCCAAGGUGCUGCCCUCCGUCGAUCGUGCCAAGCGCUGCUGUACGCACGACACGGACCCCGCCCAGGAGAACGUGUUCGCGUCGGCGCGGGAGAUCGUGGAGGGCAGCCGGGUGGUCGAGGACCACCUGCUCGACGGCAGCCUCACGAUCAUGACGGCCGAGUACUACCUCGACUCGGGGCUCGUUGUGGAGGUCAAGGGUCAGCCGCCCCCGCCCGAGCACCGUCACCACCACCUCCGCGAGCACCUCCAAUUCUACUAA